UUCAACGGUUCUUUUACGGCCACACUGUAAGCCAGACGAAAAAAGACGCGAAAAGAUGCAGAUAAUAUAAACAACGUGUCCAGACAUCCAAAAACUUCGAGAUGGCUUGUACCGUUGUACGAAAAAUAUAAAGUGAACAUAGUGUACUAUGCGACCGUACAAAUAUUUGAGAUUACAUACUGAAAAAUGGAAGCAAUAUCGAAGAUUUCCUUGAUAUUGUGUGCCUUGUUUGUCGGGCUCAAGGCCGCAGCGGCCAUCAGUGGUGACAGCACCCACUGUCUGGCCACAUACAGCAGUGCCGAGGCGUACCUGGCCCAAAUCCCGCAGCAACAUCGUCCACAGAUCAGGCCCAGGAUAAGGACCUGGCAGGAGCACGAGUUCUCACUGCUGGGCUACAAGUUCCACCUACCGUUUGUGGGCCAUGCCGUCGACUCGGAUCUAGAUGAUAGUGACAGUGAUGAGGGUCUGUGGCUGGAUGCGGCGGACGCCGGAUCAGAGAGCGUAGAGGUGGAGGAGCAUGAACUUCCUUCGGUCGGUCACGUCGAUCCCACGGGCAAUGUUUUUAAGCUUAACUGCGAGCAUGUGGACCUGAGGCGAGUUAACCAGGAACUGCUCUCCCAGCGAAGCUCGCACAUUAAUUACAACCAGCUGAUGCUGGCCCAUGUACCUGCGGAUCGCAGUAAUCCCCUGAAGCUGCCACAGCUUGAAAGUCUGAGGGAAUUCAGCUGGCAGAGUAGUGAACUUAAAGAUGAAACGCUCAUGGAGCUCUUCACCCGCCAGCCGCGCUCCUUUGAGUAUAUGGAACGGCUCAAUCUCGCCGAGAAUCGCCUGGAGUGCCUUCAUUGGGCAAUUCCGCUGGCCGUGCGGCGCGUGAAAGUACUUGAAAUGAGCGGUAAUCGACUGAGCAAUUGCAGCCUGCUAAACCUGCAGUACAUGAAGCAAUUGCAGGAGCUGCACUUGGACAGAAGCGAACUGACCUACUUACCGCAGCGCUUCCUGGGCGAGCUGAGCGAAUUGCGCAUGCUGAAUCUCAGCCAAAAUUUGUUGACUGAGCUUCCACGAGACAUAUUUGUUGGAGCCCUGAAGCUUGAGCGCCUCUAUCUAUCCGGAAACCGGCUGAGCGUUCUGCCAUUUAUGCUCUUCCAAACGGCAGCCGAUCUUCAAGUGCUGGACCUCAGCGACAACCGCCUGCUAUCGUUUCCGGACAACUUCUUUGCCCGCAACGGCCAGCUGCGUCAGCUGCACCUGCAGCGAAAUCAGCUUAAGUCCAUCGGCAAGCAUAGUCUGUACAGUCUGCGCGAGCUGCGUCAGUUGGACCUUAGCCAAAAUUCUCUGUCCGUCAUCGAUCGAAAGGCGUUCGAGUCUCUGGAUCACCUGCUCGCCCUGAACGUGUCCGGCAACAACCUGACCCUGCUGUCAUCCAUCAUCUUCCAGUCGCUGCAUGCCCUCAGGCAGUUGGAUCUCAGCCGUAAUCAGUUCAAGCAGCUGCCCAGUGGCCUGUUUCAGAGACAGCGCUCCCUGGUGCUGCUGCGCAUUGAUGAGACGCCAAUAGAGCAGUUCUCCAACUGGAUAUCGCGCUAUGACGAGUCCCUUGUGGAUCCGCAAGUGCUUCAUCGUUUGCGUUACCUUUCCGUGCAGCAGAAUCGAAAACUAACGUAUUUACCCGCCACCUUGUUCGCCAAUACUCCGAAUAUAAGGGAGCUGCUGCUGGCCGAGAACGGAUUGCUGCAGCUGCCCACGCAGAUCUCAGGGCUGUCACGAUUGCAGCGACUCAGUGUGCGAGGAAAUAGCUUGGGAUCGCUGCCCGAAAAUAUCAAAGAGCUCAGACAGCUGCACUACCUUAAUAUAUUGGGCAACGAGUAUCAGUGCGACUGCAGCAUGUAUUGGCUGACUGCCUGGCUGGCGAAUACCAGCACAAGCCUACGCCACCAGAUGCCCCAGGCACAGAACCAUAGCAAUGGCAGUACCAAUCAGACUCCACUGGACUCGUACGAGAGUAUCGAUCAUCAAAUCGAUGCGCUCAAGUGUCAGUAUGGUUAUCGCGGCGAUAUGCUCCGCGUGCUAAGCAAACUCAACUGCUCGGUGCCCACGGUGGUGCAGUUCUCCGAGCCAAAGAUGCACAAGCUUCUCUCCACCGCCAAGCUGGAGUGCCAGAUUUCGGGGAGCCCAGUGCCGGAUAUCAUCUGGGUGACACCGCGCAAUAAGAUUUUACGCCACCAUGCUGAUCCUGACAAGCGCCCGAUCAUCAUCGACAGCAAGGAGGAUGCUCACCAGCCACCGAGUGCCCAGGAGCUAGCUGCUCUGAUGGACGAGAGCUACAUUCAGUCGUUGAACUGGACACGUCAGAAUAGUCUAGUGGGUCGUCGAGUGGUGCUGGUGGAGAACGGAUCGCUGCUGGUGCACAAUAUUUCGAGAAUCGACAGUGGCCUCUACACUUGUUAUGCCUUCAAUGUGAUGGGCAAAGCCUCUGCAGGAUUACGACUGUACAUCGAUCCCAUUGUGUUCUACCGAGUUAAAAUCGGUAGCAUUCUGUUUGGCACGGCUCUGGCUACCGCAUUCCUGCUGCUAACCCUGAUUGUUCAGGGAUUGAGGAGCUGCCUGUCACGUUGGGGCAUCUGUAACCGUUUCUAUUGUUGCGUCAAUCGUAAGAAGAAGUCACCGCGCAAACACCAAAUAUACGCUAUGCUGGACAGCAUCGAGACCUACAAGAGUCAGCAAUUGGAGAGGCUGAGAGAGAACUAUACGCAGCAGGUGCACCGCAUCCGGGAGAACUGCGCCCAGCAGGUGGAGUGGAUCCAGAGCAGCUACACCAGCCAGGCCAAGCAUAUUCGCGAGUUCCGUGACAUAGGCUCGAAUCAUCUGACCACGCUGAAGGACCAAUACUACGAUCAGGUGAAGAAGGUGCGCGACUACUCCACAGGCCAGUUGAGCUGGGUGCGGGAAAACUACGUCUUCCAGAGGAACAAAAUCCGGAAGUUUAGUGCGCAUCAGGUAUUGCGCCUCCGCGAGGGAUACAAAUACCAACAGCAGACGCUGAACAAGGUGCUGGAGAACCUUCCUAGCUUCUACUUUGAGAAUUGUCGCGGACGAUGUGAGGAAGACAUUGCCGAGGACAUAGACUGCUACUUCAAAGGCCAAAUGGACUUUGGUGACUCCAAGGAGCUGCACAUACAAAAAAUUAAGGCGCGCCUAUCUGCUAAUUACUCAGCCAGCAAGGCGUCGCUUUACUAUACCCCACCAGACGAUGACUUGCUGCAUAGCUCGCAACUUAACCUGCAGAACUCCCCCAUCCACAUCAACUACAUUGAUGAGAAUCUGGAUCAGCAAAAGCAGUUGGAGCACGAUUUUAAAAUGGAACCUCAGCUAUUGCUUUACAAUGCCUCCAUGCUCUAUAUGAAUCCCGAAGGCGCCAGCAGCAGUGGCCAGGCGGCGGCUUUGGCGGCAGCAGGGGCUCUAUCGCAGUUCAUAAGCGUGGAGGACAAUAAUCAAGAGCAGGAGAUGCAGCCGCUAAGGAAGAUCAGCGGUAAACCACUGGGGAUGCCCGAACUGAAGGACUUGAACGAUGUGAAGACCUCAAAGUCAUGUCCGGCCAUUUAUAAGGUUUCCAAACAGCGAGAUGGUAGCACACUGCAUGAGUUGCAGAAGGAGGGCGAAGCACCAUACCAAAUGCUUCGCAUAAAUCCCGUGGAGACCACUUCGCUGACCUCAACCGUUGCUCCUGUGAUGCAGGCGAGGACGGAGAAGCUGAACAUUAUCCUGGACGAAUGCGGCACGGCGUCGUUGUGCAAAGCGGAACAGGAGGGCGACGCAGGGAAUAGCGAGACUCCACCAUCCGAGUCCAGUUGUGAGUCCAACAGCUUGGCCGCCAGUUGCGGCGAUGUCUGCCAGGUCAGCAGUAAGCUGGCAAAUGACGCCUCAUUACCAUCUACUCCCCCCAAGCCUGACCAUGCCAGCACCUAGAGAUUUUUUUAAAUUAAACAUUAGUAACGAAGAUAUAAACUGUAUAGAAGUACGUAAAUCAAACACGCAUCUGCAAAUGAAGUUAAUGUUAAUGGUUACGCUACAAUGGUAGGGCGGACAACAAUAAUUAAACUUAGAGUUAAUUAGCAAAACGCAGAAAUUCAAGUGCUGAACAUUAGAAAAUAUAUAUGUAUAUCGGAACAAGUCAUACGAUUACACCGACCGAUGAGCUGAUCAAAAACCAAGCUUAAUGAAUUUAAAAUUGAGAUCUAUUCACAGCUGGAUUCUAUCGCUGAGGUAUCAUCACGUCAAUAAAACUUGAAAAGAGAGCCCCCCAUUUGUGAUUUCAUUACUUAACGAGUUUAAAGCAUCAAAACUGUAAAGUGCAAGGCGUAUUUUAAAAUGAAACUGACAAAUUUUAAUUGAACUGUAUGAAAAUAAAAGCGUAUAUAACAAAUAAACCAUAACUUAUAUCAAUUGCCGAAUUCCUUAUUCCAAGAUAAAAUCAUUCUACGGCCACCGACUUAAUAUAUGUUUUUUUGUUUUUCAGAUAUACUGAUAUAUUCUUUCAUUUGCAGGCAACAUAAAAUAACAAUAACAAAUGCAUGUGGAAUAGCGCAGCUACAUUCCUAAGGAUCUGGACACUCUGGUUGCUUGAGGAUCUCAAUGCAGCAUGGAUUGGCGUCGAUUUUGCACACCUCGCUCUCCGUCUCCACCUCGCUGACAUCGGUGAGAUCGCACUCGCAUGGGAAGCACUCCAUCUCGCCGCCCUCCUCGCCCUCGGCCUCUUCACCCUCUCCAUACCAACUGAUCUUCUCCUCGCUGCGCAUGCUCGGCUCAGUGGAGAGCGAGCAGACGGACAGCUCGGAAUCGGAAAUGGCCAGAGGCACUGGCUCCUGCGGCAGCAGCGAAAAGUCAUACACGGCCAUCUCCUGGGCGAACCAUAGUGUUGGUUCCAUUGGCUCCGCUUCACCCAUCUCGUCCUCCAAGCGCUCCUCGGCGUCCUCCAUCUCGUCUUCGUUGCUGAUCGCCUUCAUGUUGUAACUGGCGGGCAGGAAAUAGCCCAGCAGAAGGUAUCGAUUGUUGAAGCUAAACACGGCCGGUCCACUCGGGUACAGGUUAUCCCAAAUUCCGUGAAGUAUUGUGCACUUGUCCUCAUUGCCGAUAUACAGCUCGAAGGGACCCGUUCGCAUGUUGCUGUUCCAGGUGGCCUUCAUUCUGACGGACAGGCAGCAGCCAUCCUUUCCGCUGUUAAAGUGAUAGAUGCCCACCCCAUGACGUUGUCCCUUGAACCAGUCACCCGAAUAGUUGUCCCCAUUCACAUACUUGUACCGGCCCUUGCCGUGCUUCAAGUUCUUUCGCCAGUUGCCCUCGUACACGGAUCCGUCCGGAUAGAUGAAGAUGCCGCGCCCACAACGCUUCCCGCAGCGAUACUGUCCGUAGUAUCGUGAACCAUCCUUGAACACGUACACCCCGAUGCCGUGACGGCGACCCUUCCUGUAGUUCCCAUCAUACUGAUCUCCGUUGGGCAGGAUGGCCCAACCUCUACCUUGUCUCUGUCCGGCAGC